GGACACAUGAGUAAUCUAAUGUUGAACUACCGUCAUGCCAGAGCCCAACCGAAUGAAAAGACAAAGAUACAACGUACAUUGAUCAAGUUUCCUAGAUUUGAGCCAAUGCUACUUCGUCACUGUGGCCGCUCACCUCAAGCCGCUCACAGAAAAAUCCGAAGGUUCCAAGUUGGCAUACUGGGAUUUUGAGAACAUGUAUAAGACUCAAUGUAAACUAUGAUGAGCCUUUUGCGACAUGUUGCAGGAAAUCUUGUUACUCAGUCAGACCAUUGCCGAUCGCUUCACGAAUAAUUUCGAGACGCUUCACAGCGACAGCUUCGCAGAACACUCAGUAAGUACUGAGCAAUUAUACCCUUGUGUUAUUUGCUUUCCAGGGAAUCUGUCAAAAAUGGAUGAAGCAUCCACCUCCUUAGGAAAGCGGAAGGAAAGAGAGGAAGGAUCCACAGAGUCCAAACCCCAUGGCUCGACGGUCUUUGUCUCCAACCUUCCAUACUCCGUUACCUCAACAGAUUUGAAUACUCUGUUUUCUGACCUUGGUCCCGUCCGAUCGGCGUUCGUUGUGCUUGACCAAGGUUCAGGAUCUUCCAAAGGUGUCGGCUAUGUCUCUUUUGCUAUUCGAGAGGAUGCAGAGGCGACCUAUGACAAGGCCAAUGGUGGAAGUGAUCCAAUAGUCUUGGAAGGUAGGAAACUACGUGUUCAAUGGGCAGAUAGUAAGCACCAUAAAGAGAAGCAUGAAAAGGACGGUGAAGAUGUCAAAAAAGAACCUAAACCAGCACGCAUAUCUAAACCUAUUCACCCUGCGGGUCCAAAAGAUCCACUCGCGAUUCGUACCAUAGUUGUUUCUGGUCUACCGACUUCGAUCGACUCGAAAGCACUUUGGAAGAAGGUCCGCAAAUAUAAAGGUGCCGAAAAGGUCGAUUGGCCGAUUCAAAAAGAUGGAUUGGAAGAUAAAAGCACCGCACACGUCCUUUUCUCCACACCGGCUGCUGCACAGGAAGCAGUCUCAAAACUUCAUGCUCAUGUCUUUAAAGGCGCUCUUCUCUCAGUUACUCUCAAAAAACGUCUUGACGGUCUCGCAAAGCCAAGUACCAAACCCUCAAAAUCUUCAAAACAGACCCCUGCUCUUGAUGCCGACAUGAAAACGCCCGCUGCAAAUGGUGCCUCUGGCCCAGCCCCAAGUCGAGCAAGCCGUCUGAUCGUUCGUAACUUGCCAUGGAACGUUACAGAACAGGACCUCCGCGCCGUCUUUCUUCCCUACGGUCCCAUAUACUCCAUCCACAUUCCUGUCAAGGAACCCGAAGCGAAAUCUGAGGACUCCUCGGAAAGGUCUAAACUUCGGGCCAAAGGUUACGCUUUCGUAUGGAUGCUCAGUAAGAAGGACGCCGAAGCUGCGAUUGAGGGCGCGAAUGGGACGAGAGUAAGAGCGGGUAUGGCUGAGGCGCUUGUUAGGGAUAAGCAGAAGAAGAAAAAGUUAUUGAGAGAAGAGAAGAAGUUUGAGAAGGCUAGGAAGGAACGAGAGGCCAAGCAGAAAGGGAAGGAUGGGAAGGUCGAAGAUGAGGAAGAAGAGGACGAAGAAAAGGGAAGUGAUGAGGAGGGUGAAGAGGACGAAAUGGACGUUUUGGCGCCUUCAGCUGAGCGAGUUAUUGCUGUUGAUUGGGCGUUGAGUAAGGAUAAGUGGGAGGAGGCUAAGGCGAAAAUUCAGGAGGAAAACGAUGAGAAGAAAGAAGCGGACGAAGACGCAAACGAGGACGAGUCAGGAUCUGACGCUUCUUCUGACGAGGAGGAUGGCCACAUUGGUGUCCACCAUGGCGAUUCCGAUGAGGAGGGAAGCAACGGAAGCCGAGACGAUGACGAGAUGAAUGUCGACGAGGAAGAAGAGAAUCCUGGUAAACCUCAACUUCCACCACCCGAGACUGGGACAACUCUGUUCGUUCGCAAUGUUCCGUUCGAAGCGACCGAAGACGAACUCAGGACAACAUUCCGAGCAUUUGGACCACUUCGGUAUGCACGUAUCACUAUGGAUCAUGAGACGGGACGUUCCCGAGGAACAGGAUUCGUCUGCUUCUGGAAUAAGGCUGAUGCAGACAAAGCUAUUGAGCAGAGUGAUAUACUCCGGCAAGAAACUACCGGCGGUGACACUUCUGCCCCCAAGAAGAAUCCGUUCACACUACCAUCCCUCUUGACACCAGAUCCUUCCGCAUCUAUGGCUCAGAACCUCGUCUUGCAGGGCAGAACUCUGGAUGUUAUCCGUGCUGUUACAAGAGAUGAAGCUGGGAAGCUGAAGGAAGCGGGUGAACGCCAACGGGAAAAAGCAGACAAGCGUAAUUUAUACCUUCUCCGUGAAGGACUCAUCCUUCCCAACACUCCUGCUGCGCAGUUGCUCAGUGCUACCGAAGUGGAGAACCGUACUCAAUCGUUCAACGCUCGACGCGCUUUGCUACGCUCCAACCCAUCACUCUACGUUUCCAGGACUCGCCUCAGUGUCCGACAACUCCCCUUGUUCGUGUCCGAGCGAAUGUUGAAGCGUUUGGCCAUUCAUGCCGUUCGUGCAUUCCAGGCCGAAGUUAAAGCUGGUACCCGUACCGGCCUGACGGAAGACGAACUGACCGAGAUUGUUGAAGGCCCUGAUGAGGAUGAGGAUGAAUCUCAUUCUGUCAAGGGCAAGGAUAAGGCCAAGGGAAAAGCUAAGGGACGGAAUACCGGUGUCAAGCAGGCCAAAGUUGUUCGUCAACAAGAUCGCGUUGAUCCUGUCACUGGCAAAGGGCGGAGUCGCGGGUAUGGUUUCCUCGAGAUGGGCAAGCACGCCGAUGCGCUUCGAGUCCUCCGAUGGGCGAACAAUAACCCUGAAGUGAGCAAAUUGGUCGCGGAGUGGUGGAAGGAGGAGUUGGAGGAUCUUGUCAAGCUUGAGAAGAAGAAAGAGAAAAAGGAGGAGGGAAGGUUGGAAAGAUUAAAGAACGAGUUGGAGCAAGGUCCGAAGAAGAACGCGAAGGGGUCGCUUAUUGUUGAGUUCUCUAUUGAGAACGUGCAGGUCGUCAAACGCAGGGCCGCUCACCAACAAGAACAGAAGACGGUUCCGUCGGAUACCAAGAAGCCCAGUCGACGAAUGUCUCUUACCUCUGUGAAGACUGAAAAGGAAGAGGAGCAAGAUCAUCCUCGUAAGAAACGACGUACAUCAGAACCUCAGCCGAAACCCAGCACAUUGAAGUCCGAUGUUCAGGAGAGCCAGGAGUCUCCAAAAAAGCAGGGUACCCAGAUUGGUUCCCUGAUAGGGAGGAAACGAAAGGAGAGAAAGGGAAAGAAGCGUACUUCAUAGUCUGGCAUGACUAUCCUCUUCCUAUAAUGUUAUCACAUGUUAUCAUUGAUCUAGCAGGUCGUGAGGGAAUGACACGAGAUUACUUGUCUUUAAUGAAUGGUGCAAACAGACCUACACUACUAUAGUUCAUAAAGUUCAAUGGGACGGUCUGUACAUAAUUUAUUUGAGAAACCUUGGCUAUUGGGUGAGGACGUCAGUGCCCAACUUGUUCGUCAAAUUCGAAAUCCGUAUGAAGGCAUCCAUGACGGCAGAAACCACGAUAGGAUCCUUACGUUCGCGCUUGAGGUCGUCGAUGGUCUUCAACAACUCGGCCUCCAGUUGCCGCGCCUCCUCUAACCGUGCUUGCAGUCUUGUACGUUCUCGACGUUCGUUAUCGAGCGCACUUUGCAAGUCAACCAAUUUGCGAGCAAGGUCGCCAUCUGCUUCCAUCCUACUGCCCUCUCGGUUGUUCUCAAACUCUUGAUGUUCUGUGUUCGUGGUACUGGCACAAGCAAGUGUGCUGCUCUCGUUCACCAACACUUGUGGGGCCCUGUCGCGGC